AUGCCGCCGAGCGGCGUUUUUUCCCAGGGCGUCUGGAAAGAAUUGGACCGCGCGUGCGUCGGCGUGGACAUGCUGAAAGAUCGCCUCACAAAGGUUUUGGAAAACCACAUCAUGGCUCAGCUCCCCGGAGUGCUCAAGGACGUGGACAAGGGUGUCAAGAAAUGUACAGAAGAGUUGAGUGGUCUGGGGCCUUCCCGCAUGUCGACUAGCACCCAGCGCCAGUAUCUCAUGGAAGCGAGCGCCAAGUUCACGCGCUUAAUCUCCGACGCGGUGUACGCCCAAUAUUCGGACCCUUAUUUUGCCACCGGAGCCGAGCCAUACACGAAGCGGUUGCGCGCCGUCGUGCAAAACUCACUGUCCGAUUUCGCAAAGGAGAUGCUGCAAAUGGGCCAAGCUGCCCUAAUUGUCGAAGCUGCCCCGGCCAACAAAUCUCGAGAAGUUGUCAGGUCUACAUACAUGGAAAGGGUUGCUCUAAAACGGGUGAUUGAUGACUUCAGCGUCCUUGUCGUGGAGAGUUGUGUACUGCAGCGUUUGUUGAACCUGUUGAGCUCCGACACCAUCCGCAACCUCGACGAUGCGACGAUUAAAGACAUUGCCCAAGAAAGCGACAGUUCUGCUGCUGCGCGGACGCGACUUCAAGACCGACUCGAGAUCCUGCAAGGCGGCCUCGUCGUUCUGAGGAAGUUGGAGCAGGGAAUGCAGACGGUGGCUCAGGUCGAACAUCAGUUGCCUUGUACUGGCGAGGAUCUCAACGAUGUGCAGGAUUCGUGCAACCGCCCAGACAAGGAGUAG